UGUCUCCACGAUUAGCCGCGCCACCGCGUCCCGGCGCCCCUCCCCGCGACCCACACGUCAAAAUAACAAAUUGAUUUAUACCCAAACACAAACGAACUUAACCGAAAACUUACAUGAUGUUCAGUGCUCCAACGAACUUCCCGUUGUUCGAGUAUCAAGAUUAAUGAGUUGGAGUUACAACGGUUUAUGCAUAAGUUCGUUGUUUACAACUUUUCAGUGAUGUGAAUACCUAGCGGUUCAGAGAAGAGGAUGGGGCGAGCGGUUUACGGUGUGAAUGCUGCGUUAUUGCUAUCUCUUCUACAUGGGUUCUUUUUUCUUAUAGCUGGCUCCGGCACAGAGGCACCAUUCGACACUACAACUAUGGAUAUAUCAUCUCGUCGAUUUAAAGCGGAAUUUCUUCAAGAAUGGCAGGGAUCAGCUGACGCGCCGUACUUCGAUUCAACAACACCGAAAAACAUAACGGGCUUAGUGGGACAUCCAGUUAGAUUAUUGUGUAGAGUCAAGAACCUUCAGAACAGAACGGUAUCAUGGGUGAGACAUCGUGACAUCCACUUACUGACCGUCGGUCGGUAUACGUACACUUCUGAUCAGCGUUUCGAGGCGCAGCACAAGCCUCGCUCGGAGGAAUGGGCGCUGAGGAUACGCAGUCCACAGCGGCGUGACUCCGGGCAAUACGAGUGCCAGAUCUCCACCACUCCGCCCAUUGGCCACGCUGUAUAUCUCAAUAUCGUAGAGCCAGAGACGGUGAUAUCCAGUGGUUCGGAACUAUUCAUACAAGCUGGAUCAACUAUAAAUCUGACGUGCACAGUUCGACAUACGCCAGAACCACCUACAUCUAUUACUUGGACUCAUGGAGAUCAGGUAAUAAACUUCGAUUCGGCACGCGGCGGGAUAUCGCUUGUGACAGAAAAAGGUCUCAGAAGUACAAGCAGACUACUUGUGCAGCGGGCAACGGGUUUAGAUGCGGGAGUGUACACUUGUGGCCCUAAUAACGCGCCGUCCGCAUCCACUAGAGUGCAUGUUUUAUCGGGUGAACAUCCAGCAGCUAUGCAGCAAGGAUGUGCAACAUCCUCAUUAGACAAAGCCUCAAUAUUUUUUUCAAUUGUGUUUGUUUACAUUUUCAGUAAAUCUACAUACAAUGACUUAGAAUUCGGUACCUGAACACACAGACAUUAUAGUUUUAUUGAAAAUAAAAUAAUUAGCAACGAUGUCAAUAUAAAAUGUAAAUAUUCUUUAGAUAAAAAUGUAAUAAUUUAAAGGAUUACGAAUUCAUUAAUUAUAUUAUUA